GGGUAAAAACCAAGUAUAGAAAAGUCACAACAGAUUUGUUGGGUACACAAAAUUUUCUUCGUUUCUAAGAAUGGCAUGAUCUGUCUGGUUUCUUUCUUUGACAAGCCAAGCACAAAUCUCAAAAUUCCAACAACCAUAGUUUAAAAAUCAUUAGCAUAUUCAAUUUUGUAUUAUUGGCAUACAGCCUAAGAAGGCAAUGGGACAUUAGCAGUUUCAGGCAUAUAUAAUACACGUGAUAUGGAGUGAUAAUCAGAGGCCUUACCUUUCUCACAAGACAUAUUUAAUACAGACCAGAAAAAGGAGGGAAUCCAAUAUAUUUGUAUGACAUAUUGAGAUCCAUUGCAUGCAAACAACUAGAUCCACUUGAGCAUUCCAGUGAGGUUGGGAAUGAUGGAGAAUGAAAGAGUUGCAGAGCCCAGUCUUAUGGAUGCCAUGAUUGCAGCAUCUCCAAGUUUAUCUUCCUACUCUUCAUCAGAUUUAGAUACUGAGUCAACAGGUUCUUUCUUUUAUGACAAGAGCAUCACGCUAGGAAGUUUAAUGGGUCUUAAAUCUGAUGUUGGGCUGUCUACAAGAGUGAUUGUUCAUGGUCAAGAGCACCCCUCAGAAGAACCAGAGCUGCCUAGGAGAGGCGGCCAGAAUACAAGGUCUAAAAAAUCUAGGAGCUGGUGGAGAUUGUGCAGAAGCAGGGAUGACUAUGACUGUCAUAGAAAUUCCAAUCCUUCACUUGGACAGUUCUUAGAAGUGGAACGAAGAACAAGCGUUUCAGACAACAGAGGGGAAAGAAUGUACAUUGAUGUUAUGUAUGAUGAAUUUGCAGGAGGGCAAGCCUUCUCAGACAGAAAUUUGCUGUUCUCGGAGGGAAGGAUUCUUCCUCCACAAUCCGCUCAAUCUAGAGACCAGUCCAACAUUCACACUGGCCGAUCUGAUUCUAUGCUUUCUUGCAUUCCAACUGAAUGCUGCUUUACAGAUUGUGUCUCCAGAAGGAGCUCAGUUGGAGCAUCAUGAUCAUAGAAGUCAAUGAACGGAACCAAGAUUGCAUAUAUUGUUUUUUUGACAAUUGUGGUGGAUAAGUAUAGAGACCUAGAUCGAUGGAUAAACAUAUCUCAAAUAGUAUGAUAACUUUGUUCCAGACAACAGCACUAGUGUGACAGAGCAGCUUACAUAUACAUCAAUUUUUAAAGAGUGCAGAGUGGUCUCCAGUAUCAUCAUGUGCUACUACCAAAGAAUUAAUAAAGUGCUCCAUGAUAUUUGAAGUUACUUCAGUGUUUUUAUUCAGUUUGGGCUGGUAAUUUACUAUUCAAGGUUAUAUUGAUUCCAUUGAAGAUAAUAUACGCUAUUUUUGCUUCUGAUUAAGAAGAUUUUGCAAGUCGAGACAACUGCAGUGCUCACAACUCCUUCAUUACCACUAUGAUCAUGGACAUAAUCUUGAAAAAUUGUACUUUUCUUUGUUUCUCUUCUCUUGCUUUCUCACAUACAACUAUUUUUAAACUCUGUAGUUAAGGCAUAUUUGUCAAACACUGUUAUUUGCUGCUGUUUGCCCAGAAAGUAUAUUUUUUAUUGGUUGCAUUGAACAGUCUUCUUAGAAUGACUGCUUAUUGAGACAAUGGCAAAAUUAAGCUAAGAAAGAGAAUUGUGGAGCCUUAGCCCCACUUUGUAAUAGAAACAAUUCAUCGUGAAUAUAUAUAUGCUUCAAAUAUUUCUGAAA